AUGUAUGAACAGAUGCAUCGUUAUUCAUUUCCAGGCAGAUCCACAAUUCCAGUAUGGUACACCAGUUCUAAUGCUAUAGGAGGGGGGGGAAACAAAAAGAAAGCUGAAGAGAGAGAUUCGCGCGGGAGGGUGGCGCAAAGGGCAAAGAUGCAUGGUGAAGAUGCAGGUCAGAACUCGUAA